AUGAAGGCUUCACAGAGUAGACAGAAGAGUUAUCAUGAUAAGCGAAGGAAGGAGUUAGAAUUUGAAGCAGGUGACCACGUGUUUCUAAGAGUCACGCCUGUGAACAGUGUUGGUCGUGCCCUGAAGUCUAAGAAGCUGACUCCACGAUUUAUUGGUCCUUAUCAGAUUUCAGAGAGAGUUGGGACUGUUGCUUAUAGGGUGGCGUUACCGCCUAACCUUUCGAAUCUACACAAUGUGUUUCAUGUAUCACAACUUCGGAAGUAUGUUCCAGACCCAUGUCACGUGAUUCAUAUGGAUGAUGUGCAAGUGAGAGAGAAUCUUACUGUAGAGACGAUGCCGAUUUGGAUCACAGAUCGUGAGAUAAAGUCCCUUAGAGGUAAGGAUAUUUCGUUGGUGAAAGUAGUCUGGACGGGGACUACCGGAGAAAGCAUGACGUGGGAAAUGGAGAGCAAGAUGCGGGACUCCUACCCCGAGUUGUUUGAACGAGGUAAGAUUUUCAAGGACGAAAAUAUCGUAAGUGGGGGAGAGUUGUAA